UGUGUUUGUGUCACCUGCUGAGAUCCCACAGCAGGUGACGCAGUGAGCUGUGACAGCUCACUGCGUUGUGAGUUCCUAUUAUCCUGAAACAUGUUGACUGGAAGAGCAGGUGUUGUCUUUGGGCUCCUGGCGGUCUUCGUCGUUACCGGUGGUGCGGAGGAGCCAGGAUUACCUCGAAAGCCGGCCUGCCAUGACCUUGAUGAGCUGGCGUGCCCUCUGAACCUUGACCCCAUGUGUGGCAGUGACGGCGUAACCUAUGGCAACGAGUGCGUCCUGUGUGUGGAGAGGCAAAUCACCAAAACAAACAUUAUGAUAUCCAAGGAGGGCAACUGCUGACCUGCCCAGGAAAUGAUGUCGGCAAUAAGGGAACCAGUCUCGGACUUACUCCUUGGUUACCUUGGAAAACCAAGCAUGAUAACAAUAAAAGUGUCUUAAGCAGA